AUGCCAGCCGUCGGAGUGGUGGUGUUACGGAGGCACACUCUGCCAUCUGAGGUGAACGGAAUGAUACUUAAGAAGAGGGAGCGCACACCAUGGACGCCCCACCACAAAUCAUCACUGCAAGACCCAGCAACAGAUAUCGACCCCAGCAUGCUUUCGCUCGUUCUCUUCGCCAAUCUAGCUGCGGCCGUACCUUUGCCUCAGUCUGAGACCCAGAGCGUCGCCGGAACUACCCCGUACCAGGGCACCUGCAAGAGCUUCGAGUGGGACCCGAAGCCGACAUGGGAGGACGGCCACCUGGGGAGCAUCCCCGUUUCAAAGCGGAUGGAUUGCCGGCAGAGUGCCCAGCCCUGCUCCAUCAACCACGCGGACGAGGACACCAAGCGCCCCACUGAGUGGUCCUCCUCAGCCAAACUCUCUGACGAGGGCAAGGCUGCAGUCGACAAGGCCGUCGGCGGCGGCGAGCUGCCACCCAAGCCGGCGGGUGGCGGCUUCGAAGGUGCCAGCUACUCGCUCUCCGUCGACCCGGGCCAGAUUGGCUACCUCUCGUACAACCCCGCUGCUGUCGUCGUCCACGGUAUCUUUAAGGGCUGCGAGGACGGGAAAGACCAUGAUGGAACUAUCCUCUUCCCCACUGGUAAGGGCUCUUUCGGUAUCGUAACCGUCGGCUCCCCUUGA